GAAAAUGAGAAAAAUUAUAAAAAUUAUAUUGUGGCAUACAUUAUACAAAGGUUGAUAAUAUUCAGAUUCAUUUCGAUAAUCAUGAAGAACGGUCCAUUUCAAAUUAUUUUAAUUGGAGUUUUAUAUCAAAAUAUAUUAUGGGUUCACGCAAAAGAACGAGAAUAUUUCCAAAUAUUUAAUGCAGAGAAACAUGAAAUCAAACAACAACAAAUUGGUGAUAAUAUUAAAUUCAAAUGUGAAUUAAAAAUUCAUAAUGGUGACUCAAUCACUGGAACUGAAAUCAAAUGGUAUUUUAAACCUUGCGAACCUGAUUUCGAUACAAAAUCUUGUGCAGACUAUUAUAGUGAUACUAAUUGGAAAACGAUUCAAUGUAGUACAACACCAUGCAGAAUUCUUUAUUUAGAAAAUUUAACAGAAAGUGAUACUGGAAUAUAUAAGUGUACAAUGUUCCCAUAUAAAUUAGACGAAAUAAGAUUUUUAAAUAUUAGACUAGUGAAGAGAUUUCGUUUAAAUGUAAAAAAUUAUACUGUAUUGCCGCCAGAAUUUUCUGAAAAUUUUCCUCCAAAAAAUGAAACUGCAUUAGUUGGUGAUCAAACUGUACUUCAAUGUCGUGUUAAUAGUAAAGUUCCACCAAAAAUCAAGUGGUUUAAAAGUCUAAAAAGAAAUGACAAUUACUCAUACAUAAAUAGAAGAGAUAUAAAUAAUUCAAUAAAUUUACGUCAAAUAAAUCAUAGAAUAUUUAAAUAUUUUGAAAAAUUAUAUGAACUUAUGGAUACGGAUGGAGAGAAAAUCAUUUCUGAAAAUAUAUAUUUAAGUAAAUUAAUAUUAAAUGAUAUUAAAUUUGAAGACGAAGGUUUCUAUGCUUGUGUCGCUGUGAACUAUCAAGGACUUAAUAUAAAAGAAACAUAUUUAAAAGUGUAUUCGGAUAAUGAAAUAAUGGAAAAAGAAAGUUCUGAUCCAAUUAUGUUUUUAAUGUUAUUUAGUAUGCCACUUGGUUUAAUUUCUUUACCUUUAUUAUGUUGGAGUGUAUAUUUUUGCCGGAGAAAUAUACUAAAAAAUCGUCAAAAAUAUAUUGAAAAUGAUGAAGAAAGGGAAUUACAUAGUACUAUUUGAAAAAGAAAUUCCAGUAAAAAUUAGGGAUUGAAUAAAAGACGAAAAGACGCAUAUGAGACGGGUAAAGAUUGAUAUCAAUAGGUUUUAAAUGGAGGAUCUUUUAUUUUCUUGUAAAAUGUUGAAAGAUAAAACAAAGAAAAAGGUAGUAACUUAUGAAUUAAAACAUGUUUUUGGGAUGACGAUCAGGUUACGAUACCAAGUUACAAGUUUUGACAAUUCCCCCAAGGUGGAACAGUAACCCUAUAAAGAAGAUAUACAAUUAGUUUUAUUUGAAUAAUCUUGGGGUAUCACAAAAUGCCUUUGGACUUCAUCUUGAAGAAAGGCUUAUCUGUAGAUUGUAUUAAAUUAAGAAAACCAUGCCAACUUGUUUACAAAAACGAGACGGAAAUCAUUUUAAGAGUAGAAAAUAAAUCCACUUUAAUUUAUAAUACUAAUAAAUUACAAGU